UAGACUAUCUAAUGGUAGUGAGGACAUGUACGAUUGGCGCGACUAUCGCUUGUACAAUCACGCAACUAUACAUACGAUAUAGUCAAAACAGUCAAAGUUUAAAGUCAGGCGAAACUAGUAAUAAUGGUGAAUUUAAAGAAUAUAUUUUCAAACAAAAAUAAACUAUUAGUGCCUGCUCAGCUAAAACGGCUGACCGAACACAAAUACUCAAUGACCAGUUGUAGUUUAUUAGAUCCAAUAUUGAAUCCAUGGUGGUGUUGGCUUGUAUCAAAAACACCAAUGUGGCUGGCACCAAAUCUGAUCACACUGGUUGGUCUGAUCGUCAACAUUGCUACAACAUUAAUACUAGUUUAUUAUAGUCCAAAUGGCCGAACAGAACCACCCAGAUGGGCAUGUGCUCUUUGUGCAUUAGGAUUAUUCAUUUACCAAAGUUUGGAUGCGAUCGAUGGUAAACAAGCGAGACGGACAAAUUCAUCGAGUCCAUUGGGUGAACUAUUCGAUCAUGGUUGUGAUUCAAUAUCAACUAUUUUUGUUGCAUUAUCAGCAUGUUUAUCAGCUCAAUUGGGAUUUUAUCCAAAAUGGAUGUUUUUCCAAUGUUUUAGUGCGAUGACUUUGUUUUAUUGUGCUCAUUGGCAAUCAUAUGUAUCGGGCACACUUAGACUGGGAAAGGUGGAUGUUACAGAAGCACAAUGCAUGAUAAUAAUGAUUCAUCUGAUAUCAGCAGUUUUUGGACCGGGUAUUUGGAUGGCCAAGAUUUUUGGUGGAAUUGAGCUAUGGAAUUCAAUGUCAGUAGCAACAGUGGUUUGCGGUGUCUGGUCGUUGACACGCAUUUUUAGUGUUGUCCUAGCUGGAGGCGUUGGCAAAAAUGGCUCUACAGUUGCUCUCUUCGGCUCAACAUGGACCAAUUGGAAUAUGAUUUUGUGUGUGUCGUUCCUAAUUGGAUUUUCGAAAAGUCUCGUCUCAUUCAGUCACAUUUUUAUAACUGGUGGCAGUGGCAAAAAUGGCUCCACAGUUGCUGGAACGAGCGUUAUUUCACCGGUGAUACCAUUGCUGACAGUUGUGCUAAGUGCUUUCAUCAUUUCACAAAAGUCUGUUGACAGACUUUUUGAAACAUACCCUUCAUUAUAUAUAAUCACAUUUGGAAUGGUUGCCGCCAAAGUUACAAAUAAACUUGUGAUCGCUCACAUGACAAAGAGUGAAAUGGGUUACACAGAUUAUGGCCACAUAGGUCCAUUGUUAUUGUUUUUGAAUCAAUACUUCAAUAAUUUCGUACCAGAAAUUUAUGUGUUAUGCCUUGCGCUAGUGCUCUGUACAUAUGAGCUGUUGAUUUAUUGUUCACGCGUUUGUUUAGAAAUUUGUAAUCAUUUGGACAUUGAAUUGUUCCGAAUCCCAUACCCACCAAAGCCAGUACAAACGGCCACAGCGCUAUCACAAAAAACACCGUUCAACAAUGCGAACAGCAAUGCUGGUGCCCGUCAUAAUUUAAACCAUGAUCAAAAUGGUGCCAAAGGUGGACAUCGAUUCCAAGACGAUGAUCAAGUACAACAACCGAAACGACAAACACGGUCCAGUAAACGUCACGUUGUGUCGCACUGAAAAGGGGGCAUAGCCCCGACUAUUGCUAUGAGUAAAUUUGUUUUAAUUUUUAGUUACAUUGAAAACGAAAAGGAUCAGAAUGAAAGUUCUUUCAUUUAUACCAUCGAUAGGUUUUGAAUUUUAUAGAAAAUUCAUAUGUUCACAGCGACAAGAAGAAAUUUUCGAUCAAAAAAAAAAAUAGAAAGGAAAAACACACAUACACAAAUGUUCAAUUUCUUUUUUUGGCUUUGUUAUUUUAUUUGUGUACACAAUUUAUAAAAUCUAAAUUGACGUUCAAAUUGCCUAUCCCGAUUUGGGAUUUAAAUGAAGUGGAGAAUGCAUUGUACAUAAAGAGAAACAAUUGAAAUCAAUUUUUUAUCGAACGUAAAACUUAUUUAUUAAAAAAAAACUAUAUAGACAGUUAGACACUCACUUAAAUUGAAAAUAUUCGAGAAUCAAAUUUAAGCAGUAGAUUGUUCUUGGCUCAAACACAUAAAAAGAAAGAAAGAAAAAAAAACAACAAAGAAUUCACACUAAAGAUACGUCCGACCUUUGAAAGUAGGACGAUAGAGUUAUUAUGUCUAUUAAAUGGACAAAUGUUCAAUGUCUUGUUUAAAAACGAAAUUAAAUUUAUGUUUGAUAUAAUAAAAAGAGUGUUUGUUUUCAAUUGAAGUGAAUUGAAAGAUACAGAAUUUGAAAGUCA